GGAACAGCUGAAAAUGCAUUAAUACUUGAUCUCAAGCAAGCAGAUGUGCUUAUCAGUGCCCAUACAAUCACGCAGAUACUCGAAAACGUAGUCCCAGAAGAGGCUUCAUCUAUCGAAGAACUAAAAGAAGUGAACUGUGAAUUGCUCGAGUGGGCUAUAGAUCGCAUGGUUGCUUUAUCUCAAUCGCUUUUGGAUGGUUUCCAUCCACUGCAUACAAUGCUCUGUGGCACGAACGCAAUGAUUUCGGCAGCUGGAUUUCUGCUGGAUUUCUAUACAGGCACUGAUUGCGCGGAUUGGAUUCAGUCUCGUGAAGUCGGUUGUUCCAGCAAAACAAAGGCACUAGAAGCAUACGGCAACAUUAUACAGUAUCUCUCGACCAAGUACAGAAGCCAGCCGAUGAGGAUCGUGGCAAUUUGGAAGAAAUCGGAUUUGAACGUCACAUCAACAAGAGGCACGCAAAAAUCAUUGACAGCUAACGGCAGCCUAGUGCGCCACUGCCAUCAAUUUAUCACAAAACUAUUUCCCGCAUUGUUGGCGGUGGAUCGAGGUGUAGGAGAAGAGAAAAAGCGAAUUGGUUUGGAGUUGGAAAGGCAGGCAAAGAUCAUGUUGAAGAUUACGGUAACUUUUAAUAAAAACCAGUUUUUUAAGAUUUGUUCUGCGCUCAUGAAAAUGAUGGAUAACCCUAAAUGUUUCACGACCAUGUUCAAGUUCACUACCGUUAUGCUGGAGAAAAAUGUCAUUGGUAACAACCACACACUUCGAGAAUUCUUGAAAUGGCUGUCCACGUUGGCAGCAAAAUGCAUGGAUAUGGAUCAUAGUGUGGAAAGAGCUUUGAACACCAUUGCUGACGAUCUCAUACAAGUGCUUAGUGAAGAGGUAAGCCAGCUCAUCAGACGAUAA